GCUUCACACACCAGACUUGACUGCAAGGCGCCUUGGAAUGCAUUGUAGGAGACUGCUGUGACUAAACCUCCACGUAUCCAUGAUGCUCGGCCGUUUGCUAUUCGCUGCCUCAAUUAUUCCGUGGCAGCAAUGUCUCGCGCAGGAUGUGGGGUACAAUCUGGGCCCACUCCAACAGUUAACUCAGUUUCGCAAGCAGCACCGUCGAACAGUUGAUGGAAGAUUGUGUGCCGCUGCCUUUGUACAGGACGACCAAACGUACACAGACUGCACAGGGGCCAGAGCUCCAGACGGAAAAGCCGGGGGUGAGUGGUGCUAUGUCGAAGUGCAACUUUUGGGGAAAGGAGGAAGGGACUGGAACUGGUGUAUUCCGCCGAUCAACUAUGACAAAGUCAGAAGCAAAUCCCGCGAGGCGUUCGAGAUGAAAGCCACUGAAGCCGAGAAAAUGAUUGCACGUCUUGAUGGAAGCAUUUCACGAGUCGACGAUAUGUUGCACCGGCAUUCAGCAACCUGCGGGUCUAGACACGACUCGGUCGGGCGCCAAGUCGAGAAGAUCGAGAAAGUCUUGUCCCACAGCCGGAGUUGUUUGAAGAAAGUCGAAGAGGCUUCAGGGAAAAUUGGUGCUCUUGAAAAGGAUAUCAUUGCCAUCCAGAAUGACAUCGCAACAGGCAGAAGAAGAUUGUUUGCGCAGCCAGAAAACUGCGAAACAGUUCCAGGCUAUGAAGAUGAGCCUUUUCCUGACGGAAUCAAGGGUUAUUACUACGGCAACGCUCGUUUUAGCGGUGCUCCCCGAGCCAUCAGGAUUGACCGUGCAAUUGACUUUGUUUUUGCUGGUGCUGGGCCGGUAGAAGGUCUCACCUCGCAACAAUAUUCAAUCCGAUGGGACGGAUAUCUCCUGGCUCCCCGUUCAGGAGACUUCACGUUCAGCAUAGAGACGGACAGUGGAGUUCGCGUAUUUCUCAACCAGCAGCCAAUUAUAGUGGAUAGAAUGCCCCCUGCAACUGAGACUGAUGCGAUAGGGGACAAAAUUGUGCCGCUGACCGCUGUUGCGGGGCACCCUGGAAGUCAUACAACUGAAUCGGUCCCUCUGGAGCUGACGGCCGGAGAGAAAUACAAACUACGCGUGGAGCUGGUACAUACCUGCCACUUCAAAUACGAAAACUCAGAUAGCGCCUCUUUAAAACUCUCUUGGCAGUCGCCAGGAGUCAAGAAAGAAGUGAUUUCAGGCAAAUAUUUCUUCACGUCUAGUCCCAGCUCUCCAGUUAAAGUCUCCGGACUUGAUCCACAGCUGUUCCAAAUCUCGCUUCUUUACAGCGGAGAAAAGGCGUUUGCUGACAGUGAACAGUUUGUUGUCGCGGAUAUUCCACAGAAGUACCAGGGAAUGAAGACAAUACGCGGUCCCUCUGAUCCCGCAGUGGAUUACUUCGAGUUCUCAGCCAACAUGCCCGUCGACGUCUAUGUUGCAUCAUCCGGCCGAGCAACUCUGCCACUCUCACCUUCAGAAAAGCAGCCGUGGACGGCUCACGAUACGGGCGACGACCUCUCGGUUUACCGCGGAACGAAUCCUCUUAGCUCAGCGCUUGAUAGCAGUCUAAUGAAGAUAUGGCAAAUAAGCUUUCCUGAAGGAGGCCUUAUUUCUUUCGACGUCACCGACAAAGGGGUUCCAUUCCUGCUGUUUCUCGAAGGAAAGAAGGCGAACGCCCAAUCAUGUGGCGGCCAGCAGCAAGUGCUGUCUCUCGUCGGCGGUCCCACGUUCGCUGAGUGUGAGGCAUCAUCACAGCUGUCAGAAGAAUUUGGUUGUCAGGCUGCCCUGAAUGGAAGAAACAUGGAUGUGAAAAACGGAGUCUGGCGUACCGCCGGAGGAAAUGGCGUUGGGGAGUAUAUAGUCGUCAGAUUCAACCGACCUGUGCAGAUCACUCACUUCCGGUUCAAGCCUCGGGGCGACGCAGUAACGUGGCCGUCGGAAAUAGUAUUAUCCUUCUCCGGUGACGGAGAUGAUGAGGCAGGAGAUACGUUUGGAAUACUUCACACGCAAAGCAUGGAACACAAUUCAUACAAGCUUAAACAGCCGGCCAUCACGAAUUAUGUCCGGGCGACUAUCUCCCAAAUGUAUGUCAAUGGAGAGGACUCCGGUGGUUCUUUUGAGUUUCUUGGGACAGCGUGCAGCCUACCGGAGGAGGGUCUCGACACGGAAGCUGAAACACCUAAAUUCGCCAUCGACAACUGUGCCAGCACGAUGGAAGAUAUUCCAGAGCUGCUACCACUUCAGGAGGGAGAACAAUUCUUCGCUGUUUGCCCUCGCUCUUGCGCCUUGAGUCUGGAGGGAUACGUUUAUGGAACUGAUGUCUACGCUCCUGAAUCCAGUCUAUGCAAGGCUGCCUUGCAUUCUGGAGUGUGCAGUGCAUUCAGCGCUUGCCGGAUGCUGGUCACAGUCACCGGCCCUCGCAAGUCGUUCCCCGCAUCAUCACAAAACGGCAUUUCGUCGUAUGCCCACGGCCCCAGCGACUCUUCCCUUUCGUUCUCAAAGACGUCAUGCACCGAAUCGUUGCUUUCCCGUGCUCCAAUCAAGUAUAAAAUAUCCUUUGGAACGGGUGCCCCUGAAUCAGGAUGGCUCUUGGAUAAUGGCAGCGUCAAACGACGCCAACAGGGUGUCGUGUAUGGGUGGUUGCGGCCUGCUGAGGCGACAAAAUGUCCUGAAUUAGGAUUUUCAAACCCUUUGAACAAAGAGGGAAUACUCUUUCCCCCAGCCGCAUCAAGCGACGAAUGCAAGAGAGGAGCUGACUGUCGGACUAACUUCUGGUCUCUUUCCGUGCCCGACAACGGCCGUUAUAGAGUGGAAGUUCAGCUCGGAAAUCCGUGCUCGCCCACAGCUGCGACUAACUACCUUCAAGUCAACGGCACACCGGUGGCACAUGGCGUGAAACUGGAGAAGGGGAGAUUCUACGUGGCAACGGCAGAUGUGGACGUUACCGACAAAAUCAUUGUUCUAUCCUCACUCUGCGACAUCACCGGCAACACGAAGGAGUUAUGCGAGGACGCAGUAACAACGAUUAUGAACGUGAUCAUUGAGAAGAUGUAGAACGGCUCUAAUAAGCAGCUAAGGAAAAGAGACAGUCAUAUGACACAAACAAAUGGCGGAGACGUCUUUCGCGUUACGCUCAUAAACAUACGUGUAUGAUGGAAGCAACUUUGGU